CAUGCCCGCUGGAGCCCCCGCCUGCCGCCGCCCGCAGCCCCGGCAUGGACGUUCGGUUUUACCCCUCCGGCCCCCCCGCCGUGGGCUCCCUGCCCGGUGCCGACCCCACUUGUCUCGGCCCCUUGGAUUAUUAUCAUUGCAACAAGUUUGAUGGGGAGAACAUGUAUAUGGGAAUGAAUGACAAUGCCCAGGAGUUUCUAUCAGCAAACCAGACAUAUAAUGGUCAGAACGAGAGUAACGAAGACUAUGAGAUCCCUCCCAUAACACCUCCUAACCUCCCCGACCCUUCCCUCCUGCACUUGGUGGACCAUGAAGCUGGAUAUCACUCCCUGUGCCACAGCCUCCCUCCGAACAGCCUGAUUCCAGCCUACCCCUACCAGAACAUGGACCUACCAGCCAUCAUGGUCUCCAACAUGUUGAGUCAGGAUGGGCAUCUUCUCUCCAGCCAGCUACCCACGAUCCAGGAGAUGGUCCACUCGGAUGCCACGUCCUACGAGUCCAGCCGCCAAGUGCCCCUGCUCAGCCGCCCCGGGAUGUUGGCCGGCCCCAUGAGUGCUCUCAGCCAGUCACAGCUGAUCUCUCAGAUGGGGAUGAGGAGUGGAGUUACCCACGGAUCCCCAUCACCCCCAGGAAGCAAGUCAGCUACACCAUCUCCCUCCAGCUCCACUCAGGAAGAGGAGACAGAAUCACACUAUAAGGUUACUGGAGAGAAAAGACCAUCAACAGACCUGGGCAAAAAGCCCAAAAGCCAAAAGAAGAAGAAAAAGAAGGAUCCCAAUGAGCCCCAGAAGCCCGUGUCAGCCUACGCCCUGUUCUUCAGAGACACACAAGCAGCCAUCAAAGGGCAAAACCCCAAUGCCACCUUUGGAGAUGUAUCAAAAAUAGUUGCAUCAAUGUGGGACAGUUUGGGAGAAGAACAAAAGCAAGCAUACAAGAGGAAAACAGAAGCAGCGAAGAAGGAGUACCUGAAGGCCCUGGCUGCCUACCGGGCCAGCCUCGUCUCCAAGAGCUCUGCUGACCAGGGGGAAACAAAAAGUGCCCAGAGCAACCCACCCUCCAAACUAAUCCCCCCCAAGCAGCCCAUGUACCCGAUGCCACCACAAGCUUCCUCACCCUACCCCGGCCUGGGCUCAUUCCUCUCCCCAUCAGACCUGCAGAACUACCGUGGCCACCCCCACCCCAGCCUCUCCAGGCCCCUCAGCUCCAAGCCCAUCCUGCCCAGCAUCAGUGCCUCUCCCCCACCCUCCUUCCAGAUCAGCCCCCCGCUCCACCAGCAGCUCUCCUUGCACCACCCGCAGAGCUCCCUCCUCAGCCAGCCCCUCAGCAUGACCCAGGUCCCCCAGCAGCCCCUCCUCUCCCCCCCCAUGGCACUACAGGUACAGCCCCCCAUGAACGCCUCACCACCCGGCCAGCAGGACUUCUCACAUGUUUCCUCUGAGUUUCAAAACAACGUUGGACCCCGUUCACCUGGAGCUUCAAACCCUCCAGGAAGCACUGAGUGGGACAAUGACUAUCCCAGCAGAGAGUGUGGGAUUAACCACUGCAGCAUGCUGCCGAGGGACAAGGCACUCUACCUCACCUAAAACUCAACAUCUCUUUGGGAGGAGGCUCAGACGAAGGACACUUGAGAGGGUCUAGCCCUACAGACCACCCGGAGAGGCACCGAGCAAGUCGUUACGGCCCCGAGAGCUGCCGCUUGCGCCUCGUCGCUGGCUUCGUUUCCAGGCUCUAGGAGCAGUUUUCAUUUCUGAUUUUUGCAACUCUCCACUCUUACUUCCCUGCAGAAACACCCCCUCCCCCCCUCUCAUCCCCCCCACCCCCCCCCCAAAAAAAAAAAACAACCUUAAAGGACAAAAAAAAAAUCAACCAAACUCCUCGAUCACGAAGAACGACAAAAACCGUUUUAAAAACUCGAGACAAAUUCAAAAUCAACCAACAAAACCAACCAAAAAAAAAAAAAUCAAAGAACCUAAGGACACCAUCUUUUUUUUUUCCUGCUUGCCAUCAGCUUCGCAUAGUAUUUUCCUAGAGAACUGCUUUUAGAUGCAACGUAGGCCCAGAUCUGGUGUCCUACCAGCGUUAGGCCAGCUCAGUAGGAGGAUGCACCCUUUUGACUUGCUAACAGCACUAAACUUUGUGCAAGAAAAAAUGUGAAGUUUGUGUGAAUAUUGUACAUGCAAAGGCCUUGGAUGUCUGGCAAAAAAAAAAAAAUAUAAAAAUAAAAUACAAAAAAAAAAAAUACAUACAAACUAUUGCUAGGUAGGUGGGAGAGCAGAAGGCAAAACAUGAGAGGAAAAUAGGUGGGAAAAGAUCAUGAAAAUAUAAUUUGUUGGCUAGUUGUAAGUAGUUUAUUAAGUGUUUUAGAGCUGUGCUAAAGACAUCUUUAAGAUUCUUUUUUUGGUGACAAACAAAACUAGUAGUUUACUUUCUAGUACAAGCAUUUUCUAUUAAUUGUAGCACUUUUUUUUUUUUUUUUUUAGUUAUACAUAGAAGGGAGAUGUGUAUAAACAGGAAAAAAAAAAAACCAACAAACCAACAAAAAAAAAAAAAAGAGCCUGCCAAACUUGUUUCUAUUAUUUGUACAGCAAGAAAUGGACAAUUUAUAUCCAUGUUGUAUGGCAUUAUUAUAUUAUUUUUGUUUUCCUGCCAUAUGUCCAUCUAUUUAAAAAAAUUGCUGACAAGGAUUUUUGCCUAUUUAUGACUAAUUAGAGAGCAUCAUUACAGUUCCUCAGAAGGUGCAUUUUUGGGUCCUUUUUUUUUUCUUUUUUCUUUUUCUUCUCCUUUUUAAUUUUAUUUUCUAUUUGGUUUGAGGGCUCUGCUUUGGCAGUGCCUGGCACAGUCGGUUCAACAAUGCUUAUCUUACCUUUCUUUAUAAUAAAACCUCUAAAAAGUA